GUUUUAGAAAGAGUUUAGCAGUUUUGUUAUUAAAUUUGUGUUUCUUACUGCCUAAAUGUUUUUGAACGUGGUAACGUUAUGUAGCGUCACGACCUAAAGGUCAUAAACAGGAUCUGCUGCGUCUGCUCGAGCAGAGACAUAAAGUCUCUGACAGGCUAAUCUACAUGAGAUAGUGGCCAAGGUCUUUCAUGCACUCUGCUCACCUGAACUGCUUCACCUCUGUCAGCGAAGACAAGAUCUAUUUUUGAUAAAUACCUAAUCAACAACUUUGUUAUUACUGAUAAUAAUGUGAGCCCAAUGUUCAAUCAAUCUGUGAAAUGACAAUGUUAUUACUUGAUAUUAUAAUCCUGCGAUCAGUAGUAUUUUACAAGUUAUUAUAAUCCUGGACUUUUGCACUAGACACUGAUGACACACAGUAAUGCUAAAGUCACACGACACAUUUCCUUUUGUCUGAUCCAAUCAGAACCUUCGUUUCUGGCUAGGCGUGGUUUUCUGUGGUGUUUGUAUAAACCCUCUUUGGCAUGUCAAAUUCUGACAAUUAUAAAAACUAUCCCACGCCACCUUUAGUUCAGUUCAAGCGUUCUAGAGAAGUCUUGGAUAGGCCAUCCGGACUUCCUCUUCAGCCUUAAAGAACCUCAGAUAAGCUGGAUAAAAUCUCUUGCAAGUUACACCUGACCGCAACGGUUCCUUCAGAAUAAAAGCUGAACCUCAUGACCCCUUCAGGGUCUUGGAGACGUCAGUGAUAACCUCUUGUGACCUGGAAGCAUUCCAAGACUAGUUUGGUCGGCACCGCUGCUUUUCUACCGGCUUCGGUACCAAAGAGGGUCCACGAGGACCUUGACAUUCUGGAUCUAACGGAGGCUUCCCCUGGGGUACGUAGACCGACAGAUGGCAUUUCAUGUGUGUUAUAAAUCUCCUACUAAAGUUUAGAGCAAAACAUUCACUCCCACUCAGAACUAAAUGCUUCUCCGGAUCCGCUGGUUCUGAAUAACAUUCCACACACACACCAUCAUCAUUCAUCACGUCUCACUCCACCUUACUCCAUCAGUACACAGAGUGUUAAAGUUAGUCUUGUUUAAAUUGUGUAGAAAUUAAUUUCUUAACUAUUAUAAACCUGACUCUCUUUCCUUGGAGUUAAUACGAAGCGUUGCUUAAUCCCUGCAAUAAAACGUUCUGAUCUUCUGGUUAAAAUAUUCAAAGAUCCAUCAGAUUGAUAUUUCAUAUUUCUAUGGAAUCUCACAUUUAUGGUUCAUAAGUAAGAUGUAAACGACCCAUCCUUUACAGUUACUUCCAAAAGUUGUAUGUUCAGCCAGUAAUCUGGUGUGACGUCAUCGACAGGCGCAGGACCCCAAGCUGGCCAGAAGGAAACACAGUAUCCCCCAAAGAGGACCUUAUGUGCUUUAGACCUGAUUUUUAUGGUUAUAUGUCUAACUGUCAGUGGAGACAGCCUCCAGGAAAAGAGAUCUACCGGAGAAGUAACAUCUCAGUCUUUGAGGUGGACGGGCGAGACCACAAGAUCUACUGUCAGAAUCUCUGUCUGCUGGCCAAGCUGUUUCUGGACCAUAAGACACUUUAUUUUGACGUGGAGCCGUUCAUCUUCUACAUCCUCACAGAGGUCAACAAGCAGGGAGCGCACAUAGUCGGAUACUUCUCCAAAGAAAAAGAGUCUCCAGAUGGGAAUAACGUGGCCUGUAUUCUCACUCUUCCACCUUACCAGCGCAGAGGCUACGGGAAGUUCCUCAUAGCUUUCAGUUAUGAGCUCUCGAAGCUGGAGAACACCGUCGGCUCUCCUGAGAAGCCUUUGUCUGAUCUGGGGAAGCUGAGCUACAGAAGUUACUGGUCCUGGGUUCUGCUGGAGAUCCUGAGGGACUUCAGAGGAACGCUGUCCAUCAAAGAUCUCAGCCAGAUGACCAGCAUCACUCAGAGUGACAUCAUCAGUACUCUGCAGUCUCUCAACAUGGUGAAAUACUGGAAGGGCCAGCAUGUCAUCUGUGUGACGCCCAAACUGGUGGAGGAGCACCUGAAGAGCGCCCAGUACAAGAAACCACCCAUCACAGUGGACACCAUGUGUUUGAAGUGGGCGCCUCCCAAGAAUAAACAAGUCAAGUUGUCGAAGAAGUGAGACGAAAGCAUCCCACAUGCCAGCCUACCUGUUUUCACACAGACUGUAUAUAGUUGUUAGUAGUGUCGAUAUUUUCUUAUAAUAAACUUGUAUAUACACACAUGAAAAAAUA